AUGACGUCUACUAUUCGACUUGCAGUCGUUAAUAAGGAGAAAGGCCAAUUGAAGAGUGUAUCUAGGUAUUUGAUCACUGCCUUGUACAAUUCAAACGCUUCUCUUUUAGAAGCACCUCAAUACAAUAAUUUUCUGUGUCAUGAACGUAUUGGUAGGAACGCUGUCAUGUCCGUGCUUCUGCAAUGCACUUCGCCUGACCGCUACGUUUUAAGUUAUGUUGACAAACCUAGAGUACUUAAUAGAUUAAUAAAAAUUGUUGUGAUUAUUUUUCCGUUGUUGUAUAUAGUGACGCCAUAG